GGUCGUGCGCAUAAGAAAUUAAAUAAAUGAAAAUAAAAUAAAAUAAAUAGCCGAAAUUGGCACGCGGUCGUUGAUCUCCCUCGGUGUUACAUCAGCCAGCUUCUCUACUUCUCUUCCUUCUGUACGACCACGACGAACGAGCACCAGAUACUACCAAAAUGCCUACUUGUAGUGUACCUGGCUGCAGAAAGAAAAGCGGAGAUGCAAGAAAAAUAAAUGUGCAAUUUUUUUCUUUCCCAAGAAAUCUUGAAAUGGCUCAAAAAUGGGUCGCAGCAUGCAAUCGUCCAAAUAUUAACCUCAAAAAUGCUAGAAUAUGUUCCACCCAUUUCGCUCCAAAUUGUUUCAAAAAAAAGCCAGAGUGUUUGACAAAUUGUGAAAAUUAUUCACCGAAAAGGCUUCGCACAUUGUUAGAUAAUGCUGUUCCAACUGAAAAUUUGGAUUAUGAGGAAAAUCAGGCAAACUGCUAUAAGGUAAAAAAUUUAAACAGUGAUUACACUUUGAAAUUAGAUGUUAUAGCAGAACAAGUAAAAGAUUCGUUUGAUCUUUGUGAAAUCACUGGGAUGAAAAUAACCAAAUACAACAGUGAACCGCUCAUUCAACAAAUCAGGAUACAACAAGAAACAAUAAAAGAUUUGCAAGCUAAACUGUUCAAGUCCAAAGAAGAAAAUAAUAUGUUGCAAACGAAAUUGAAACAAUUGCAGACGCAACAAAUGACAGAAAGAAAAAAUGCAUUAACAACAAAAGUACGUGAAGCGCCGGCAGCAAAUUACGUGUAUAUUUUAUUAAGUGAACAAAAUAGUGAAGGAGAGGACUAAUAUUGUAUCAAAAUUAUCUAAAAAAAGAUGAUCCUUACUUGGAUUUUCCAUCGUUAUUAUCUAGGAUCACGGUUCCAUUAUUCAGAAUAAAAAUGUGAUUCAAAUGUUGUAUUCAAAAUCGGAAAAUAACAUCUAACCACUGAAAGAAUUUUUUAACAGCUAUAAUGUUAAAAUGAAGUAAAAGUAUUGUAGUCUAAUAAUUGUUGUGUUUAAUUU